AAUUCAAGUCUCAUCUUUCUCUUUCCCUCUCUCUCUGUUUCUUCAUCUUCCUCCUUAAAGCUUUUCAAAUAAAACCAUUAAAAAUGGCGUUAAUACUGAGAUUAAUGACCGCAAUUGCAGUAAUUAUGUUAAGUUGGUUUAUUAGAGUAGCGUAUGAAACCAUAUGUUUUUAUUGGUUAAGUCCAAGACGCAUAAAAAAGAUAAUGGAAAAACAAGGAGUUCGUGGCCCUAAACCUCGGCCUCUUAUCGGUAACAUCUUAGACAUGUCGUCCCUUGUAUCUUCCUCCACCUCGGAAGACAUGCCUACCAUCUCCCAUGACAUCGUUGCCCGUCUAUUACCACAUUACCUCCUUUGGUCUAAGGAAUAUGGAAAAAGAUACGUAUAUUGGAAUGGGUUCGAGCCAAGGAUGUGUUUAACAGACCCCGAUAUGAUAAAAGAAUUGCUUACAAAGUACAACCCAUUGUCGGGGAAAUCAUGGCUACAACAACAAGGAUCAAAGAAUUUCAUAGGGAAUGGCUUACUAAUGGCCAAUGGUGAUGCUUGGUUUCAUCAAAGACACAUUGUAUCCCCUGCUUUUAUGAGUGAUAAACUUAAGAGUUAUGCAGGGUAUGUGGUGGACUGCACUAAAACCAUGCUCCAAUCGCUCGAAAACACGGUCGGGUCGGGUCAAAACGAGGUUGAAAUGGGGGAGAUGAUGACUAACCUUACUGCAGAUAUCAUCUCAAGAAUUGAAUUUGGGAGUAAUUUUGAGAAAGGAAGGAAGAUUUUCCAUCUUCUCAAUCUCUUGCAAAAACGUUGUGCUCAAGCCAGCAAGCAUCUCUGCUUACCCGGAAGCCGGUUUUUCCCUAGUCAGUACAACAAAGUCAUAAAGGCGCUGAAAACGGAAGUGGAAGAAUUACUAAUGGAGAUAAUCGAAAGUCGAAAAGCUUGUGUCGAAUUGGGAAGAAGCGACUCGUAUGGAAAAGAUUUGCUGGGGAUUUUAAUGGAUGAAUUGCAGAAUAAAAAGAGAGAUGGAUUUAACUUGAAUUUGCAAUUGAUAAUGGAUGAAAUUAAGACUUUCUUUUUUGCUGGGCACGAAACUACGGCUCUUUUGCUCACUUGGACUACCAUGCUCUUAGCAAGUAAUCCUGAAUGGCAAGAGAAAUUGAGAGAUGAAGUUGCACAAGUUUGUAAUGGUGCUACACCUACCAUUGAUCAUUUGCCUAAGCUUCGAAUGUUAAGCAUGAUAAUAAACGAAUCAUUGAGAUUGUACCCACCUGCCACUCUUCUACCUAGGAUGGUAUUUGAAGACAUUAAGCUAGGUGACCUACUCGUUCCAAAAGGAUUGUCGAUAUGGAUUCCUGUCCUAGCAAUUCAUCAUGAUAAAGAAUUAUGGGGUGAAGAUGCAAACGAGUUCAAUCCAGACCGUUUUGCUUCCAAAUCUUUUAUUUCAAGUCGUUUCCUUCCAUUUGGUGGCGGCCCUAGGAAUUGUAUAGGGCAAUCUUUUGCUCUCAUGGAAGCCAAGAUCAUACUAGCUAUGUUAGUCUCACAAUUUAGAUUCAAAAUCUCGAGUAGUUAUCGUCAUUCUCCCGUUGUAGUUCUUACCAUAAAGCCGAAGCAUGGAGUUCAAGUUUGCUUGGAACCGUUACACACUAGCUAGAGCUUAGACAAUGGUUGAGUUUUAUUUACAAUUUUUCCAUACAAAUAUUUUUUGGCGGAAUUUAUAGAGUGAGGUUUUUGGUGCAUGCCUUAUUUUGCACUUAUAUACCUCAAAAGUUUUGUAGAUCAUGGUGCUUAACAAAGAGGCUCCUUAUUUUAUUUUUAUAAAGGAGGGAUAAAUGGACCGAUGACAAUUUAACAAUAUAUGUAUCUUUUGAAAUGUUUUCUCUU